GGCAGCCUCACGGGCGCCUGUGGGAAAAGUGUAUCUGAUUACCCAGUGUCUUGAGGGAGAGGGCAGCACAGGCCCCUCUGCAAAGUCGUCAAUGGGCAUUUUCAAAGUUGUUUUAAAAUAUCACAGCUGUCCAGUCCACUAUUCCACGGCAUGCCCAGAAGCCCUGUCCCCUGGCAACUCCCAAGGGAAUAGCCUGAGCUACCUUGGGGACAGGUCUUAACUGCCUGAUGCUUCAGGCCGGCCUGCCUUGAAGCCACUGGAGGCCAUGCUCUUCCCUGAAGAGAACUGUCCACCCUGAAAAGAAAGGCUCCUGGCUGCCUCUCAGCCUCGGGGAGCGGUGCCUUCCCGCUCCACCCCCAAAAUGUUUCUGUUUCUAAUCCCAGUCUGGGCAGGAAUGUGGCCACCAGGCCAGGGGCCAAGGAGCUAUUUUGGGGUCUCCUUUGCCUGGGGAGGGCCUGGCUACACCACUCUCCUCCCCCAGGCUUUAGCCAGCAGGUCACCCCUAGCCCUGGCUUCUGAGAGCAUCCCCUCCCAGUUCUCUCCUUGCCACCCCUUCCCCACCUCCUGCCAAGGAGAACGCGUGAAGCAGAGGGCCCAGGGGCUAAAUUUAACUGUCCCAAAGUUGGAAUCCACUGCUGAGUCACAAGAAAAGCUGCCCUGGCCUCCAGCCCCCCUUCCUAGGCCUCAGCCCCUUUCUCCUCCCCGCCCCCUGCAGCACUGGGGCUUGGCAGGAGCCAGGGGGGUAGGUCCUCGGUCACAGCCUCGAUUGGCCCCCUCUGGGCAGUGGGAGGGCUCCUCUGGACCUCACACAAACUCCCCAUGCUCCACCUUUUUUUGGGGGGGUGCAAGUUGAGUCUAGCACUGCAGUGUUCUGAGGGGUGCUGGAAGGAGAUUGGGGUGUCGGCUCUUGAGGGGUUAAAGCUGGGAGGCGGGAGGAGGGCUGGACCAAGGGGUGGGGAGAAGAGCAGGAGGCCUCAGCAGCAGACAAGUGGCCAGAGGCCCAGGGGACAGACAGGGGCAGGCAGACAUGCAGCCAGGACUCUGGGGCCUGGACAGGGUCUGCCAGGCCCCGUGACAAGAGAAUCCCUCGCCCCGGCCCGGGGAAGGGCCAUGGUGCUGCCUGUCCGACAUGUCAGCCGAGGUGCGGCUGAGGCGGCUCCAGCAACUGGUGCUGGACCCUGGCUUCCUGGGGCUGGAGCCCCUGCUCGACCUUCUCCUGGGCGUCCACCAGGAGCUGGGUGCCUCCGAUCUGGCCCAGGACAAGUAUGUGGCCGACUUCUUGCAGUGGGCGGAGCCCAUUGUAGCGAGGCUUAAGGAGGUUCGACUGCAGAGGGAUGACUUUGAGAUUCUGAAGGUGAUUGGACGCGGGGCAUUCAGCGAGGUAGCGGUGGUGAAGAUGAAGCAGACGGGCCAGGUGUAUGCCAUGAAGAUCAUGAAUAAGUGGGACAUGCUGAAGAGAGGAGAGGUGUCGUGCUUCCGUGAAGAGAGGGAUGUGUUGGCAAAUGGGGACCGGCGCUGGAUCACACAGCUACACUUUGCCUUCCAGGAUGAGAACUACCUGUACCUGGUCAUGGAGUACUACGUGGGCGGGGACCUGCUAACGCUGCUGAGCAAGUUUGGGGAGCGGAUCCCGGCCGAGAUGGCGCGCUUCUACCUGGCCGAGAUUGUCAUGGCCAUAGACUCAGUGCACCGGCUGGGCUAUGUGCACAGAGACAUCAAACCGGACAACAUCUUGCUGGACCGCUGCGGCCACAUUCGCCUGGCAGACUUUGGCUCCUGCCUCAAACUGCGGGCUGAUGGAACGGUGCAGUCGCUUGUGGCAGUGGGUACCCCCGACUACUUGUCUCCUGAGAUCCUGCAGGCCGUAGGCGGCGGCCCUGGGACAGGCAGCUACGGGCCUGAGUGUGACUGGUGGGCGCUGGGUGUGUUCGCUUAUGAAAUGUUCUACGGGCAGACGCCCUUCUACGCCGACUCCACGGCUGAGACCUACGGCAAGAUCGUCCACUACAAGGAGCACCUGUCUCUGCCACUGGCAGACACUGGGGUCCCAGAAGAGGCUCGAGACCUCAUCCAGGGUCUGCUGUGUCCUGCGGAGAUAAGGCUAGGACGGGGUGGAGCAGACGAUUUCCGGAAGCAUCCUUUCUUCUUUGGCCUUGACUGGGAGGGUCUUCGAGAUAGCCUACCCCCCUUUACACCGGACUUCGAGGGUGCCACCGAUACUUGCAACUUUGACGUGGUGGAGGACGGGCUCACUGCCAUGGUGAGCGGGGGCGGGGAAACACUGUCGGACAUUCCGGAAGGUAUGCCGCUGGGAGUCCACCUGCCUUUUGUGGGCUACUCCUACUCCUGUAUGGCCCUCAGGGACAGUGAGGUCCCAGACCCCACACCCAUGGAACUGGAGGCCCAGCAAUUGCCUGAGCCACAUGUGCAAGUGCCCAGUAUGGAGCCCACAGUGACCCCACCAGAGGAAAUAGCUGAAGUGGCAGAUCCAACUGCUGCCCCAGCGGCAGAGACAGAGUCCGAGGUGACACUGCAGGAGCUCCAGGAAGCUCUGGAGGAGGAGGUGCUCACCCGGCAGAACCUGAGCCGGGAGCUGGAGGCCAUCCGCACGGCCAACCAGAACUUCGCCAGUCAACUACAGGAGGCGGAAGCCCGGAACCGAGACCUGGAGGCGCAUGUCAGGCAGCUGCAGGAGCGGAUGGAGCUGCUGCAGGCAGAGGGAGCUGCAGCUGUCACGGGGGUCCCCAGUCCCCGGGCCACGGAUCCACCUUCCCAUCUAGAUGGCCCCCCGGCCGUGGCUCUGGGCCAGUCCCCGCUGGUGGGGCCAGGCCCCAUGCACCGCCGCCACCUGCUGCUCCCUGCCAGGGUCCCUAGGCCUGGCCUAUCGGAGACGUGUUCCCUGCUCCUGUUCACCGCUGCUCUGGCUCGUGCCGCCUCCCUGGGCUGCAUUGGGUUGGUGGCCAGCGCAGGCCAUCUCGCCCCGGUCUGGCAUCGCCCGGGAACCGCCUUCGUCCCCUGAACCCUAGAACCCCCAGACCAUUCUCCACUCAGGCUCGGUUAAAGGGUUGGGUGACCCGGGCUCGGCCUAGAAGCUGUUCCCACUGCCUCCCAGUUCAUACCGCUCCGGGCGCGGGUCUUCGCCCAGCUCCAAUCCUGUGAUCCGGGCUCGCCCUCUGGCGGCCGGGAAGGGAGGAGCCGGAUUCGUGGCCGGCGAGUAGGGUUAGUGGGGGACUUGCUGCCGAGAAUGCUGCUGCUGCUGCUGCUGCUGCUGCUGCUGCUGCUGGAGAAAAUCGCCUAUCCUGCUUUCUUCUGGGCGGGCUGAUGCCCCGACGUGGACGGGCAAAUCGCGGUCCGGAGAAGGCAGCAGACCGGAGCUCGGCCAUCCGAUUUUCACCCUCCAAGCACCUGCCACCUGUUUUCAAACCAUAAAUCCUCCCUGUGCAUGAACUCCUGCUCUCCCCGGAACGUUCUACCGCAGCGAACGUUCGGCGCCACCUCUGCCUGCUCUCUCGGGAACCUUUUGCUUUUGCCAGCCCUGCUUUUUUGGGGACUCCUGCGCCUCCACCCCUUCUCACGUGCGCUGCUCUCGGGGCCACAGCUGGCUCCGCCCGUCUCGGCGGUUUGGAUAUUUAUUGCCCUUAUCCUCCGACUUGCUGACAGCUUCCAGGACUCCCUCACCCUAAUCCACGUUUUGGAUGCACUGAGACUUGACAUUCCUUGGUAUUUAUUGUCUGCCCCACCUAGGACCCCACCCCCUACCCUCGCAAAUAAAAGGUUCUUCGUCUGCCUGAAGC